AUGAAAAAGAAAGUCGAUCUUGUUGGCGCAACUGAGGCGGAAAAGGAGACGUCAGAUACAUUUUUCAAGACGUAAGGUAGCAGGCAUCUGCCAGUGUGGGUGGUGGACGAUGGCUCAACAGAAAACAUCGAGGUGUUUGCAGCCUGUUUGGCGGAAAGGAGUGCGUCUAUACCACCGACGAGGACGAAGAGGAGGAUGAGGAAGAGAUCUGCCCUGAGGAUCGUGAGCUGAUUGAGCUCGUCGAUGGACUCAAACACCACGACUCCAUCCACGAGGCAAUCGAGGCGGACCGACUGUUUCUACAACAGCAAUGGAAAAAGGGCAUCAUCAACUGGCAAACGUAAGGGAGUCUCCUUCUAUCAAAAGCUGGCUCUGUGGCGGCUGUAUGAGGUGUCUCGGCGUGCCUUUGAUUGACGAUGUCUCUCAGUCUCGGCGUGUUUUGGGAUGAAAAGUACUAUCAGACAGUGGCGCGAGAAGAAGAAGAGUUUAUGGGCUACUUUCCCCAGCAUGCUUCGGUCAGUCUCCUUAGAGAGGAGGCUUGAAAGACCGAUCGGACCGCUUGCAGUUUUCUGGAUCUGUCCAAUUCUAGGUCAAGGAGGAGGGGCUCAUCAAGGCCGAACAUGAUCAGCUCUGCCGUCAGCAAACUACACUUAUAUCAAUCACAGACACUGACCUGUUGUCUCUCGGUGACAAGUUGAUAUAUGUGUGUAGGCACGAUUCAGGACAUGGGUUUGGACCAGGUCGGAAAGAAGGCCGAGCAGAUUGCGGAGACAAUACUUGAGGUCUGUCUCUCUAUGAGGCGCAAGGCGCACGCGCAUAAAGUAAAACUCACCUUUGACUGUAUUAUUGCUACUAGGAGGACGAAGUGCUGGAGACAAUUGACGAGACACGUGGCGACCGGCGUUUCGAAUUCGAGAGGCUCAAAACGCUGAAGAAGCUGGAGCAGCGAGAGGCACUGCUGAAGGACAAAGAGAGCCGGCUUGAGGAGCAGUUCAGGAAUGAUGAUUUUACUGUCGACGUCAUUGUCUACCCGAAGCACAGCAAAACAGAGAAGCUCAGGCGUGCUCCAAAAAUAAGUAGAGUCGAAGGUCAGGCCCCGCUGGCCAGACUGUCUGAAUUUGAGCUUUGA